AUGUCGGUCAACCUGUCAAGGAAUAUCCUAUCUAAGCAAAGCAUUAAAACAUGUGUGCCUGCCGCCCGGUCACUGGCGUCCCUGGUAAAUAGACCACGAAAUGAGAAGUCGGGACCCACAGCUAUCGUAAUGAUGAAUAUGGGCGGGCCAGUAGACCUCGACGAGGUCCAUCCAUUUCUAUCUCGCCUCUUUCAUGAUGGCGACCUCAUUCCUCUUCCUGCACAAAAAUGGCUUGCUCCGUGGAUUGCCAAAAGACGUACUCCGAGCAUCAGGGAGCAGUAUGCCGCAAUAGGUGGGGGAAGUCCGAUCCUGAAAUGGACUCGGCACCAAGGAGAAGAGAUGGUAAAGCUCUUGGAUGAGCUCUCUCCAGAAACCGCACCUCAUAAAAAUUAUGUUAUGUUUAGGUAUGCACAGCCGUUGACCGAAACCGCUCUGAGCGAAAUGCAACGCGAUGGCGUCAAGCGUGCCGUAGCUUUUACACAGUACCCUCAAUAUAGCUGCUCUACCACGGGGUCGAGUUUGAAUGAGCUUUAUAGACGAUCCAUGUCAGCGGAUUCCGCGUAUCCAUCCCAGAUCGAAUGGAGCGUCAUCGACCGAUGGGCAACACAUCCUGGACUUAUCCAAGCAAUUACCGAGAACGUCCGUGCUGCGUUGAACAAUUUCAAGGCAGGUUUGGGCGAGCCAGGUGCCAAGUGGGAAGGAAACGACUCGGACCGACCGGUAAUUUUGUUUUCGGCUCAUUCGCUUCCAAUGAGUGUUGUCAACCGAGGAGACCCGUAUGUUAGCGAAGUAGCGAUGACAGUAGGGGCAGUGAUGCGCGAACUGGGCGAUUGGCCCUAUAGGCUUGUAUGGCAAUCACAGGUCGGACCAUCGGCAUGGAUGGGCCAACAAACACAACAAGCUAUUCAAGGAUUAGCCAGACUCGGUCGCAAGAAUGCCGUGUUGGUGCCAGUCGCCUUUACAAGUGACCAUAUAGAGACAUUGUACGAGUUAGAUCAUGAAUAUGUGAAGGAAGGCGAAGAGCUUGGUAUGAACAUCCAACGGGCCGAAUCUCUAAAUGACUCGCCAACAUUUAUCCGUGCCCUCGCCGAUAUUGCUGCUUCGCACUUGAAGAACAAGGACAAGACAAGCGUGCAGAUGCGUCUCAGGUGUCCUGGGUGUACUAACAAGACCUGCGGAGAACAAAAGGCUUGGCUCGAGGGUCCCCCUUGA